AAAAUGCAAUUACACUCCCGAACAGUAGGCGGUGCCAUUCGUGCCGGUGGCAGAUCUUUUGCCGUCAUUAGAGCCCUUUGAAGAAGUCACACGGAGGACGCGUCCUCGCGGCAAGUUGGCGCCCUUCAGUUGUUGGAGCGGCUUUAUUUUUUUUCUUUUUAAUUCUUUUUUUUCCCAUUUUGGGGAAUCUGGAAACUAUUGUAAUCUCAUCAACGGGCUUAGAUCCGAUACUUGAUGAGCGCCUUUGGAUUUCAAACGAGACCGUGAAUUUUGAAGGUCUUCUGGAAAGCACUUUUCUUAAUCAUCCACAAUGAUCACCAGAAGAAGAAGCCGAACCGUCAGCAGCCUAGCACCAGUGCAGCCAUCUGAGGUGGAAGUGCUUGAUGUGGUGGAAACUGUUGAAGAUCUCCCAGGACCUUCUCAGGAAGUACCAGCGGAUGACACAGAUUCCACAGGAAUCGCUCUGGAUGAUCUAUUUGAAGAUCUGAAGUGGACUCUAGAAAGAGAUGCUUCAUCUCCACUGUUUGAUGCAGAUUUAGCCAAUCUCGACAUGUUUCAAAACCAAGACUCGGGCCAUGACGUUUCAGCUGCCUCGUCCCCAGAGAGAUCGUCGUUUGACUCCGGAUGCAGGAACCGACAGAACCAGUCAAGACACGUUGUCAACAAGAAUGCCAUUGCUGCCAGAUUGAAUCGCCUGAAGAAGAAAGAGUAUGUCAGCAGCUUGGAGAGCAGAGUUGGAGUUUUGUCUGGGGAAAAUGUCAAACUCAAACAAGAGAACUCUCAGUUGACAAAGCGAGUGGAAGAGCUGGAAGAUGAGACAAGGUAUCUGAGGGCUGUCCUGGCCAAUGAGAGCAUGUUAGCCCAGCUCUUGUCCAGGCUGAGCGGUGUGAAUGGGAUGAAAUUAUCUUCCUCGCUUUUCCAGGGGUCCAACUCAAGCGACCAUGACUAUGCGCUGCCCAGGAAGCGCGUGAAAGUGGAGGAGAAAGAAACCUCUGGUGGCGUUUGCCUGCAUGUGGACAAGAACCAUGUCUCAGUGGAGUUCUGCACAAAGUGUGCGGAGCGUGCAAGCACAGCACUCAAAAUGUAGGGUCAAGUACUUGGUUUUUUGUUUUUUUUGUCUGAUAUGCACACUGAUCUUCAUUUGUGCUGAACACUGUGAGGGCGCAAAACCUGAUUACCUAAGAACUGCAGAAUGUGCAUGUUUAGUUGUCAGUGUGCUGAUGGAAUGAGUACACGUUACUGCUAAACCUUGUUGACAGUUUCUUCUAGGUCAUGGUUGCUCCACCAUGCGGGAUGAGCGGCUGUCUGAACACCUUUACCUGCCUGGCUCCAUGUGGAUUCUGCUGAUGGAAGGGGAAGAGGCUGGACAAGCUGCUGCCAACCUGGCCUGGUAUUUUUGUAAAGGUAGUAUUGGUAUCAAAUGGUAUAUGUGAUCAUAUUUUUGUCAAUAUUUUCAUCACCACUUAGCAUUUUUAGGGGCGCUAACUACAGCUGCUUAAAGCUGCUGAAGCUUUAAUGUCUUUGUAAAUAUUUGUAUAUUUUUAUGUACGUUAAAAAAGAUUCAGAGGAAACUGGUGUGAGUUCUAAGUUUUGAUCAUAUGUAAUAAAGUGUACAUGUUUAAUUUUCUAUACCUACUGUUUGAGGUAAACUCCCUUGAGAACUGAACAAAUAAAUGAGGUUUUCAUUGGGUUUGAUGUACAGAUGUUGACUUGAGUCUGGUGUUGAAUCUCUGAUAUUAAUGCAUCUCUUUUUCUCUCUCUGAACAGCAAGCUCUCUGCAAGUUUAACUUUUCCUGAACAUUUGGGGCAAGUCUGGUAAAGGUUGUCAGAACAAAUGACAGAGUGAAAGAGAGUAAAAAGCACAAGGGGGGUUCAUUAUUUUUCUUGUUUUACCCAUAUACUUCAGUAGAAACAGCAUGAGGGUCUAAGUGUCAGUAAAGGAAGCACAUUCUCUUUUCUUUCUGAUUUUUGCUGUCUGAAUUUCCUCACUUUUUAUUGCACCAUAUAGGGCAAUAGUCUACAGUGAUCUGGACAUUUCCCAGAAGUCUUUGCAGAAAAAAAACAGUGGGCAUCAAUGCUCACUAUAUUAGUGAAUAUAGACCCUGACUCAUGUUUAAAUUAUUUCUCUUUUGAAAAUAAGUAAGUUUAUUUAUGAAUCAUCCACGUUUUCAUGAUCAGAACAGUCGAUUUCAUAAAUAGUCUUUGUAAAAUCUUCAUAUUUAUUAGGUUUUUACUUCGGUAAAUGGCACUAAAUGGUCCCAUGCUGUAGUCUUUUAAGGAGUAAUGUGGAAAUUUGGAUCUAGGGUUAUCUGAUUCGUUUGGAUCUCAUUCGUUUAGUCCAGGGGUCUGCUACCUGAGGCUCUGGAGCCACAUGCAGCUCUUAUUUUCCCUUCCAUCUUUGGCACUGGGGGGAAAAAACAAACGACUUGGAUAAAUGACAUUUUGUCAUUUAUGCUUAGAUAUUUAAAGUGAUAGUAAAAAGAUUCAAUCAACUGUCCAUCCACCCAUCCAUGCAACCAUCUGUAAUGAUAAAAAAAAUGUGAUGUUUUACUUGGAUUUUUGCAUUUUGUGAAUCUGCUGCUGCAGGGGGAUCUUUUUCGACACAGGGUGGAUUUUGUUUUGAAAAGGAACUUGAAUGUGCUGUUUGUAAAAUAAACAGAAGCUAAAGUUAUUUGUAGAAAAUAUGAUGCCAUUAUAAUUAAAUGUUUGCUCAUAUUUAAAAGCUACACGUUAUAAAUGAAUGGCUACAAAAAGUAGCUUUCCAAACAUGCAGAGGAACUUUGUGGCUCUCGAUGUGUUUUGGUCAGUAAGAAUUGAACCCAAACAGCACUUUUAGUGUUAAAGGUUGCAGACCCCUCAGCUAAUCGUUCAGCUGCUGUACAAUGAUGGACUAUUAAAGUUAAAUAUGGGUUCAUAUGGGACCUCCAGCUGAAGAUGCAGACUAAAUUGUUCUUGUAAUAGUCUUAAAAGAGAACUGUACUCAGAAGAAGGGGAUUGUGGGACAAACGCCUUCGUCUCCAAGCUGCUCACUAACUUUAAAGAAAUUAGCCUUCGUCAUGUUUGUAGUUUGUGCUGUGAAGUCACUGAGUUUUAAUUUGAACUUGUGAUCACGUUCAACAAGCUGAUUCAUCAAGUUGACCUUUAAAGAUCUAUGUCUGGUUGUUUGCAGCUGCAUCUGCUCUGUGUGAAAUCGUUAGCGGUUUCAGGAUUUGCUCUUUACAUGAAUAUGUAGAAGAUGCAGUUAGUGAAACAGAAUUUAUGGCAGACUUUCUGAAAUUGAUUAGUAGUUGAAGAUAUGUGUCCCCUCUCCUAUUUCGUUCAUGGCCUUUGAACGUGUAGAUCUGCAGUCACAGCGGAGGUCAAUUCUUUCAGGAAAGCAUUAAAUGUGAUUUUCAGCCUUCACUACAAUAAGAUCUUAGAAUUGAACCUACAACUUCCAUGUUCAUGUGGAUACGCCUACAAAUUCACUGCGAUGGCCUCCUGCUUUAUAAAGGAGGAGGUUUUUGUUUGUAACUGAAGUGUCAGCUCAGAUCAAAGUUUUGACAAAAGCAGUUUUCAGAGUUUGGAAAAUAAAUUAUUUGGGUUGAGUUGAGGAACCUUUUGAAUCAGUUUAGUAUGAGUAGGGGAAUUUAAACUAUCUCUAAUUCGUGAAGCUCUCAUCUGCUGUGAACAGGUUCAUUGCUCUCUGGAUUUUGCUCCCGGAUCUGUUGCGGUUGUUUGUCUGAAAUUGUCGUCCUUCCCUGAACUUUGAGCCUCAGCUCUGUUGUCUCAGCCUCUGCCUUGACACUGUAUCUCCAGAGACUCCAGUGAACUUCUGAGGAUAAUCUGUCCGCUCAUUUGAAGUCUGCUUUGAGUUCAUCUGAAGUUCCUGGGCUAAAACUGGUCCACAACACAGGAUUAAAAGCAGUCCAGUUUAAUCAUACUUAACUGAAAAAGGCAGAAUUUGGAACUGCAGCCUCAAGGCUUACAAACAAUGCCUCAAAACUGGAUUAGUUUCAUCUACAAAGAAAUAUUCUUCACAAGUGAAUUUUUUUAAAGCAUUUGUGUAAAUUUGUUUCAUUGUAAACAUAAAAGAAAGCUGCUGUGUGACGUCUUUUUAAAUCCAAAACACUUCAUCCCUGAAAUUAGUCUUAAUCAUUUUCUGAAACUCAGGGAGAUGGAGGACUGAGUUAAUCUGAUUUCAGAUUAACAUAAAUACAGCUUUAUCCAUUACUUCAUUACGGUUAGAACAACCAGUUAGAAUCGGGGCUUGUAUUGUGCAAAAUCAACUAUUUUGAACUUUUAAGUGUUUUGUAAUGUUUAUUCCCCCCAACAUUGUUUUUUUUUCUAGCUUGUUGUCAUUGUUGAUAAUUAUGGUGAGAAAUAAGUGUCUUCACGUAGAGUAGUAUCAUUAUUCGUUAUUAAUGAUGUAUAAAUAUAGGCAAACUGAACAAUUUUUUUAUUUCAAACUGGUAGCCCUUCAUAUGACUCAGUACCCAUGAAGUAACUCAGUUUCAAAAAGGUUUGCAACCUCUGGCCUAAAUGCUUGUCAUUGAGAGUAAACUCACUCAGAUCUUCCCAUAAUGUUUUCUAUAACAUUUUUACUAAAAACAAGUAAAAUAUCAUACUGUUAACUCUGAAAGACUUAAGAAUAGCAUGAUAUAGGCUAUUUGAAGUUAAGAUUAGUCGGUGGAUGGUGAAUAUAAUCCAAAUAAAUAAAAGGUAUAUAAAGGGCAUAAAAAAAACAAGAUUGAUUUUUUUGGGGGGAUAAAUUAAAAUUAGUCUUAAAAAGAAAACAUGCAAUCAGUUUGUGCUUGAAUCUUACUAAAAUCAAUCAUAAUUGGAAAGUUCUGGUCACAUUAAACUGUUCCAAAAUGUCAAGUGACCUGAAGAUGAACUGAAUUCUGAUAACUGAAAAAUUCACUAAAAUAAUUGUUACAGGGUUGCAAAAAUAUAUAUUUUCUUCAGUCUCUGAGAAAUUUAAAUAAAACUUGGUACUUGAGUAUCAAGUCAUCACAAAAUUGCUCACCUAUAACAACCUUUUAAACCAAAAAUAUUUUUUGUCCUUAUUUUAAUCUCUAAAAAGCUGUUCUGAGCAUGCCCAGUUAUGACAAAGAUUCAGUGAAGCCCACCUGAAGAUUAAUCAAACUUUGAUAACUUUAUGAACAAUUGACCAAAUUUAAUGUUACAGGGUUGCAAAACUAUUUUUAAUUAAUUUCUAAGAAUUUCAAACUACUUGAAUGUCAAACAUUUUUUCACCUAAAAUUAUUUUAUAAACCAUGUUAUGAGAUUUCUUCUUUAAAAAUCACUUUAGAAAAGCUCUUCUGAAUACAUAAGACACAAUGAAACUCUAGGACAGUUGUAUGUAAAAAUGCAAAAAGUAACGAAGCAAACUUGAAAUGCAAAAAUUGGUUGUCUUAGUGACUGAAUAAAAACGCUGCUGAAUUUUCAGUCAAAUCU